GACAGCCAUGUGAAAACACGAGUGACCUGAAGGCGUCCCCCACCCUUGGCAAGAGGAAAAAGCGGAGGCACAGGACGGUUUUCACUGCUCACCAGCUGGAAGAGUUGGAGAAGGCAUUCAGCGAGGCUCACUACCCUGAUGUAUAUGCCCGGGAAAUGCUGGCUGUGAAAACCGAGCUCCCUGAAGACAGAAUACAGGUGUGGUUUCAAAACCGGAGGGCCAAGUGGCGCAAGCGGGAGAAGCGCUGGGGCGGCAGCAGCGUGAUGGCCGAGUACGGACUCUACGGGGCCAUGGUGCGUCACUGCAUCCCGCUGCCGGACUCUGUGCUCAACUCCACUGAGGGUGGCCUACGCAGCUCCUGCGCGCCCUGGCUACUGGGUAAGAUGCAUAAAAAGUCCACGGGAAUGAUAAGAAAACCAGGAAGUGAAGACAAGUUGGCAGGACUCUGGGUCUGUGACCACCUCAAAGAAGGUUCUAGUGAGAGUCAUGAAGGAUCCCAGAGAGGCUCAGACAAAGGGAGCUCUGAGAACAGCUUGGAAGAUGUGGUCAUGGAUCUCUCCAGCUCUGGCCGGCGUGAGACCAAGGAAGUGCACCAGGGGGCUGAUGCUGAAGGUUGCUCCCACCCUGUGGGUCAGAAGGGCUCCAGCCCAGGAAGGUGUGAGCUGUACGAGUCUCACAAGUCCCACCCACAAUGA